AUGGGUAGCUUUCUAUGGCUUCUGAGCGAUACCGACCUCCAAGUGAACACCGUCAACGGCCGCGCGCGCACGUAUGAGCAGCUGGAAAGAGCACGGGAGGCUGCCCUGGAGGCUGGUGUGCCCAAAGCCGAGGUUGGAGGACUGAGUAGCCCUCGAGUGCGCUUCAUGCCUGUGGUGCACUUUGUCUACGAGACGGUGAAGAACCAUCACGAUUCGGUCUUUCAGCGAGAGGAUGCGGCCCUCCUGGCGGUGGAGUUCUCCGCAGAGGAGGUGGGGCAAUUCCGAGAGCUCUUCAACACCUUGGUGCAGCAGAGAGAUGAGGAGCUGGAGGCGGCAGCGAAGAGAGCCCGAGAACAGCCCAAGAUCGGCCGACGGCUUUCUGCCGUGCAGGCUGCACAGGUCUUGGCCGAGGCGGAGGAGGCCCAGCGACUUCAGAAAGAGAGGGAGCUGACCCUGGGCAGUGUGAUCCGGCGGCUCACACAUGUGGCUCGAGUGCCAGGGAGCGAAAUCGUGAAGAUGAUGGCCAUGAUGGGUGUCAAGAUGUCUGCCACGCUGCGGCAAGAGCUCAUGGACAGGACGGCGGAGUUCUCCGACUGCCCGGAGGAAGGCUUGGACUUCCCGGGCUUUCUGCAACUCAUGCAGUGGAUGGUCGGCAGCAACUUCGGGAACAUCAACGGAGCAGCGGAGCGCACCGUGAAGUCCCAGGGGCUCAUGGACAAGAACGGUCGUCUCCAAGCCGGACUGGUCUUCGGGAAGUUUGGGCACAUGGACAGCGUCACCGUGCGCAGCAGGCGCACCGUGCAGCAAGACACGGUGGACUUGGCCGCGAUUGGUCUUGAAACCUGA